GGAAGAUCCUCAACCAUUAACUUCGAAAAGCAAGAAACAAGACUGUUUGCAGUGAGAAACCGACAAAAUGCCUGGAGAAAGGGAAAAGCUACAGCAGGUCCUGUGUCAGUACGUCACCCAUACGCUGACCUACAUGAAAACAGUAAAAGUUUUUUAUGACCAGUUCUCUGAAUGGAAGAAGAGACGACAGACAGAGAAUGAAAACAUGAUGGAAAUCAAAGAAAGGGCUGAUGAAAUUGACCCCACUUUCACAAAGUCAGAGGGAAAAUGGGCAAAGUUUCGUAACCACGUGAAGAGCAGCUUCCAGAUGAAUGUAGAGAGCAAACUUGCAGAACUAGAAAAGGAGCUGGAUGAAGUGUUGAAAUACACACUGGAAGGUCUGGAGGAACUCAACACCUUCGUGGAUGCAGUGGAGAAGCUGGCAGUGACUUCACUGCAUGUGUUUACUGAGAACUUUGUUUUACGCCUGCCUGAGACGAUCAGAUUUGAUGAUGUUCAAGCUGUGAUCAUCGCUGCACGACAGAUCUGCCCUCUCCUCCUGGAGUUCAAACGAGACGCAAAGUCCUUCUUUCAGCCUAAACUUUACAAUGUGGAGGUGCUUACAUACCAACUGAAAAGCUACAUAGAUACCACCGACACCAUAUGUCAGUCUCAUGGCAAAAGCUUUAACUUCAACAUUUGCUUGGGUAUGUCAGAGGACAUUGCUGUAAAUCCUGGUCUGAUUGAAAGUGACAUGCACAAGAUGAUAAAUCACAUUAAGCAACUUGACAAGAUCAGGAUGGAUGAGCACUUUUGGAUGGAGUUCCUGUUCCAGAAAGUCUCCCCAGAUUAUUUCAUCAAUAGCGUUGAUGGUCAGCUGUCCAAAAUGCUACAGUUCCUUGACGAGCUGGAGGAGUGUGCUGUUAAGUUAGACAGUAUGAACAAAGGAGCAAAGAUCUCCAGUGUGACAGGCAGCUCAGUGGGAGCAGUGGGAGGUGUACUUUCCAUUGUUGGCUUGGCGUUGAGUCCAGUUACUGCAGGAGUGUCUUUAGGGCUGACAAUUGCGGGUGUGACGAUGGGGGUAACAAGCGGAGUCAACAGUUUGGUAACCACCUUAACAGAGAUUGGAGUUAAUCAUACUAAUCAGAAAAAGGCAAAUGAAGCCUUUCAAAGCUUCAUGGAGGAAUUCCAAAAGAUCCAAGAAUGUCUCAGUGAGGUGAUGAAACAAACAACAGACAUUCUGAAGCCAAAGAAGAUAGAUGUGGUGGUGGGAGUUGGGAAGGCUGUUAAUAAAGUAGGUACAAUAGCAAAGGGUGCUGAUGCCAUCGCUGAUGCUGCUUGUGCUUUAAAGGCUGCAGGAGCAGGCAAGGCCUUAGAUGUUCCUGAGAUUGGUCAGGCAGCAGUUAAAGGGCCUCUGGCUCUCACCAAGGGGGCUAGAGCUGGUUUCAUUGCACUUAAUGCCUUCUUUAUUGGCAUGGAUAUCUUCUUUAUCACCAAAGACAGCAUGAGUCUGGCCAAAGGCAAUGAGACUAAAGUCUCAAAGUUCCUCAGAGCCAGAGUUUCAUUACUACGCUCUCAGGUGGAGUCAUGGGAGAAGAUUCGCAACUCUUUGUGUCAAAGCAAAAAGAACAAUAAAGAAAACAGAAACUUCCUCCAAGAGCCUUUUUAUCCAGGCAUAAAGAAGGGAUUGAUCUAAAGUGCUCAAGAGAAUAAAAGUGAAAGACUUGUCUGGUAGGCAUUAAAAACAGUUAAUCUGCCAUAAGUAUAAAAGUUUUUUACUGAAGUUGCAGACUAUUUUACUGAUAUAUUACAAAAGAAAAAUUUAAAACCAAUCAGUUUGACAUACAUUGCUAACAUGGUAAGGCGUGUAACUUCCAGCGUUAAUAUGUUUGAAGAAAUGAAUAGUUUAUCAUUCUCGUUUACCUGCAAAAAUGCGUUCACACUGAACGUGAACAAGGUGAAUUUUUUGCGUUGUUCGCCUGCUGUUAGUUGCUUGACUUUUCAACUCUCUCUAGUAAACAGUUUGCACAGACAAUGCAGCAAAAUUUCACCCAGCUUGCUUCACCGGAUCAUCAAAUAGGAGCAUCCAUACGUUUGCCGGUUUCUCUUGUCUGUUCAACUCACCGUGGCGCACCUUAAUUUU